AUGCAUUUGCACCUUCGAGACCCGGUAGAAGUCUCGUCUGACGACGAGCUGUUGGACCGGCGCCAAGUUGGAUCUGCGGGACCCAUCGUUCUCUCUUCAGACGAUGACGAUGACGACGAUGAGAACCGUAUUUCGGGACCGUCUACCUCGCCGAUCAAGACCGUACUCUCUGCGAAAGCCAAACGAGAGUGGAACAAGAUCAAGCACCAACUAGCCGACAAUCUCGUCCAGGAGCUGAAUGAGAACGUCUUUCUCGGCAGGCUGCCCGAGAUCCCGCUCGAAUGGUCAUCGAGAUUGUUGACAACGGCAGGGAGAGCGCAUCGGCGGAGGUUGCAGCCAGGCGAGACGUUGCCGCAGGUUAGGAUCGAGCUGGCCGAAAAGAUCUUGGACGACGAGGACCGCCUCAACCGGACGCUAGCUCAUGAGCUCUGUCACGUCGCCACCUGGAUCAUCUCGGGAGAUCUGAAGAACCCUCAUGGUGCCAACUUCAAGGCUUGGGGCAGCAAAGUCAAUCGCUAUCGACCCGACAUUGUGGUGACCACGAAGCACAAUUACAAGAUCGCAUACAAGUACUAUUGGCGAUGCGAAAAGACAACGUGCGGCAAGAUCUUUGGUCGACACUCGAAAUGUAAGAACAGAACAAAAUGGGGGGACUGCGCUUCGCAACUGGAUCCCGUCCCUCACAACUGA